UAAUGUUCUUUUGGUAUUUUUGAUGCUUCUGUUUAUUUUUAGGUAGAGAAAUGGCUUAAUGAGCUUUGCGACGAACUUAAUGAACGCCUUCAGUGUGACUUGGAGCAGAAUAAGCGCAUAGCGUGUACAUUGACUCUACAUGUUUGUGCAUACAAGACACAUGAUACAGAUUUGUUCAAGAAAUUUCCUUCUAAGUCAUGCCCAUUAAGAUAUGGGACUGCCAAGAUCCAAGAAGAUGCUAUGAUCCUAUUUCAAGCAGGGCUCCGUGAAUUUCUUGGCACGUUUAAUGUUAUGACACCAACAAAGCAACACGAUGUUUGGGGAGUGACAAGCCUUUCUGUAUCGGCUAGUAAAAUUAUCUGUAUACCGUCGGGCACGCCUUCAAUCCUGAAUUAUUUUCAGAGCCAGUCCCAAGCAUGCUCUUCAACUAAGCAAUUAAGUCGAAGUUCUACCCAAGAUGCAGUGCUUUUGUCUCCCAUAGAGCCAGUGAUUGAACGCUCUCAAGGGACUGAGUGUGCAACACCAGCUUUGGAAAUACAUGAAGACUGUGGAGAACCAUGUACAAUUAAGGGUGUUCUCUCUUCAUCCUAUCCCCUAGAAGAUGGGUUCAGGGAGGAAACGUUUGCAUCGCCAAUUUCAGAGGCUGGAACUCCUUCAAAAGUUGCGUCAAAUCAAGCCAUGUCAAUGCUUGACCCUGGAUUAGAACAAAUAACAAGCAGUUUGACAUCAAUAGAGCAGGACACAAAGUCUUCAAAAAAUAAGGUAACAUCCAUCUUAGCAUACUUCCAUGGUGAAGCCUCCUGCUCACUUCCAGAGGUGAGGCGUGGAAGCAGUCCUUUCACGCAAUGUGGGUCAUCAACCCAAGGUAGCAGCAUUGUGAAUGCAACUGGUCAAACCCACCAGAAACAAACUACAAGUUUCUAUUACAACAUAAAUGAUAUAGACCCAUCUGUUGUGAAUGAGUUACCGCAGGAGAUUCAAGACGAGGUGCGUGCUUGGCUUAGGCCUCAGAAACAGGCAAAUAUUGCCAAAAAAGGUUCGGACAUUACUCGCUAUUUCUCCCCUGCUAAAUGAAACCUUGAAUGGAUUCUUUCCUUUCAAAUGUCUAAAUAUGUUACCAAACCUUUCAACAAUGGAGUCAAAUUUUCUGUUACUAGUUUCAAUUGAACUUGAUUUGAGUUGUUAGAGUCGUAAAUCGUGAUUCGUGAUUGAUAGCUUUGAGCAUGAACUGAAACGUCAUUCGCAGGGGUUGUUCAUGGUAUAGUACAUAAUACCCCUUUGUCUCAUGAAAGGAGUUCUCUUUCUCAAUGUUUUUUUGUCCCUUAGAAGAGUGACAUUUCAAAAUAUUUGUUCAUCGUCAUUAUAUUGAAUGUUUUUAAAUAAAAAAGAAUAAUGCGAUGUAAAAUUA